UAUGGUCUUAGGCACUCUGGCAACUCCUUAGAAAAUAAACAUUUCUUGAGCAAAAAAAUUUUUGCAACAAAAAUACGCACAGCAGACGCUAAAACUAUAGCCACAAACCAGUGUGUCGCUUAUACUUGACAUUAAUUCCUUCGCUCAAAGUUUUGAACCGUCGGAUUGUUCGAGAAUUUGGAGGCCCGGUGGUGGCACUCGUCGUGUGACCAACAAAAAACCCCCCCCAGGAGAUUACCAACAGACGACUACAAAGGCUAAAGGGUUAAAGCUAAAGGAAAUGCUUGGUUCCGCGGCCAACAAACAGUCGUAAUGGAUAACAUUGUGCAUAACUUUGCCAACAUCACAUUUCAGCCGAAAGAAGUCGGAUUGUCGGAGAAUCGCUCCGGCAGCAGUAGCAGUUUCUCGUGGAGCCUGAAGCCCAUGGCUACGGCCAUGUCGGACGUGGAGGAGAUGCAGGAUACAGGGUCCAAGGAAUCGGAGGCCAGCGAGAGCAGUGAUCAGUCCGAUGAGGUGGACUCGCAGCUGAGCCGCGGGGAGGACGAUGACAGCGACUGGCACAGCGGGACCACCCGCAGGGGCGGCGUGGCUCGGCGCCGCAUGCCAGCACGCGUUUCCAAGGACAACUUCAACCGCGUCUGCAGGGCCAUCAUGAAGCCCAUAAAGAAGAACCGUCGCAAGGAGCUAACCACCAAUUCACAGACACUCAAGAGCAUCGAGAAGAUAUACACCAACAAGCGCAUAAAGAAGUUUACGCCCACGAAUCUCGAGACAAUCUUCGAGGAGCCCAGCGACGAGAAUGCCGCCGAUGUGGAGGACGACAGUGAGGAGUGCUCGAUUAGCAGCCAAGUGCGAAUUGUGAAGUUUGGCAACCGAAAGCUGCGACGCGCCAUUUCCUUCAGUGACGGACUGAACAAGAACAAAAUCCUUUUGAAGAAGCGACGCCAGAAGGUGAAGAAGACCUUUGGCAAACGCUUCGCCUUAAAGAAGAUCUCAAUGACCGAAUUUCACGAUCGUCUCAACAAGAGUUUCGACAGUGCAAUGCUCGAAGGCGAUGCCGGAGCCGGUCCCGGAGGAAGAAACGCUGAAGCCAAGACUGCCAUGACCAUGGACGACAUACAGCUGCACACACUGAGCCAGUACCACAUGCACCAGCCGCAGCAGCAGCCGCAGCCGGCGGCGUUCGAUUAGAGAGAGACUGAAACAUCUACAUACAUAUGUACGUAAUAUCAUUAUUGCACUCGGAUAGAUUGUGUCACUGUUUUACUCCUUACACCCAUUGCAUAAAUUACAAUAGAUAUUACGAAUAGUGUCCAAAUAUAAUGUGACCGCAGGGAGUUCCCAUUGAAUGCUGCCGGGCCUGCAAUCUCGCAUGCGGUCACCUGUACUGAUACCAAUUAUUGAAACUAGGAUUACCGACCGAUCGUUCACAUUAUUUCAUUGCGCGCCCCUAGCCCUAGCUAUAGAUCAUCGUUGCAGGAGUGCCGUCGAGCGUUUCAUUUGGGCCGUUUCACAUUUGGAGGUGAACUACUCAAACCCAUUAAAACUAUCCUAUCCACCCCAUGUGUAUGUAAAUAGCAAGUAAUUUACACUUAUCAUCCAGCCAUAGAAUACGAUUCUGUGCGUAGUCCGUAAGUGCAGAAUAAAUGUUGUAAGAAAAAGUGAAA